CAGAUGGACUUCACCGGCUGCAACCUGACGUGCCAUCAACUGUAACGCCAGUUCCCGAUCCCAGGACCACAGCUGACCCUUCCCCGUCCCCAGAACCAAAGACCAUGGAGCUUUCGGACAGUGACCGACCCAUCAGCUUUGGCUCCACCUCAUCCUCGGCCUCCUCCAGGGACAGCCAUGGUUCCUUUGGCAGCAGAAUGACUUUGGUUUCAAAUAGCCACUUGGGCUUAUUUCACCAGGAUAAAGAAGCCGGGGCCAUAAAGCUGGAGCUGGUCCCAGCGCGGCCAUUUUCCAGCAGCGAGCUGCACAGGGACAACCCUUCCGGGCCACAGGACAUGGAUGGGGUCAGCGGGAGGCAGCCCGGGACCCCAUGGAGAGUGGAGACGAACAGGACACCACAAACCACCGCAGACUCGGACAGCAGCCCCAAGCUCCUCUAUGUGGAUAGAGUGGUACAGGAAAUCCUGGAGACAGAGAGGACCUACGUGCAAGAUCUAAAAAGCAUUGUGGAGGAUUACCUUGCUUGCAUCCGGGACCAAACAAAACUGCCCCUGGGGACUGAAGAUAGGGCUGCUCUUUUUGGGAACAUACAGGACAUCUACCACUUCAAUAGUGAACUUCUUCAAGAUCUGGAAAACUGUGAAAACGAUCCUGUGGCCAUAGCAGAAUGUUUUGUGUCCAAGAGUGAAGAGUUCCACAUUUAUACCCAGUACUGCACCAACUACCCAAGGUCUGUGGCCGUGCUAACCGAGUGCAUGAGGAACAAGAUACUGGCCAAGUUCUUCCGGGAGCGCCAGGAAACUCUGAAACACUCACUGCCCCUAGGGUCCUAUCUCUUAAAACCAGUUCAGCGGAUUCUCAAAUAUCAUCUCCUUCUCCAUGAAAUAGAAAAUCACCUUGACAAGGACACAGAAGGCUACGAUGUUGUGCUUGACGCUAUAGACACGAUGCAGCGAGUGGCCUGGCACAUCAACGACAUGAAACGGAAGCAUGAGCAUGCGGUGCGCUUGCAGGAGAUCCAGAGCUUGCUAACCAACUGGAAGGGGCCAGACCUCACCAGCUACGGGGAGCUGGUGCUUGAGGGGACCUUCCGCAUCCAGAGGGCCAAGAAUGAGAGGACACUCUUCCUCCUGGACAAGCUGCUUCUCAUCACAAAGAAGAGGGAUGACACAUUUACGUACAAAGCUCACAUCCUGUGUGGCAACCUCAUGCUUGUGGAGGUUAUACCGAAGGAGCCGCUCAGCUUCAGUGUCUUCCACUACAAGAACCCCAAGCUGCAACACACAGUUCAGGCCAAGUCCCAGCAAGACAAACGCCUCUGGGUUCUGCACCUGAAGCGACUGAUUCUAGAGAACCAUGCAGCAAAGAUCCCAGCUAAGGCCAAGCAAGCAAUACUUGAAAUGGAUGCCAUCCACCAUCCAGGUUUCUGCUACAGUCCCGAGGGACAGAUGAAGGCACCAUGUGGCUCCAAAGAAGGUUCUGCACCAUAUCGGCAGAGGAGGAAAUCUGAACCUUCCUCACGGUCACACAAAGUGUUGAAGAGCAGUGAGACUGCACAUGACAUCCAGAAGGUUUCUAGAGAGGAAGGCUCUUCCCCGCUGACUUCUGCCACACCUCCUCCUGCCCAGAGGAACAGCCAGCCAACCAGCACGGCCAUUAUCAGUAUGCUUCGUGGGGGCGGUGCUAUCAGAAGCCUCUGGACGGAUCACCACGUCAGGCGGUCCACACAGGCCAACGAAGAAGAUGACGAUGAUUACCAGAUGUUUGUCCCGUCCUUUUCUUCCUCGGAUCUUAAUUCCACCAGGUUGUGUGAGGAGAACACUUCCAGUCGCCCUUGUAGUUGGCACCUGGGAUUGAUUGAACCCGCCGAGAUCGCCAGCUCCGGUCACAGGAUUGUCCGACGGGCCAGCAGUGCUGGCGAAAGCAACACAUGUCCUCCUGAAGCAAGAAUUCGGGACAGUGAAGGCUCCCAGUACUGUCCCAGGAGAGAACUGCAGAAUGGCCCUCAACCAGGGGGACAGGGAGGAAUGACUCCCUUUGGGUCAUCUGUAGAGUUGACAAUUGAUGAUAUAGACCAUGUCUAUGAUAACAUAAGUUUUGAAGACUUAAAGUUAAUGGUUGCUAAGCGGGAUGAAGCUGAAUCCUCUUUUUCCAAAUCACCCAGAGACUCUGUGCGCCCCAAGAGCACCCCAGAGUUAGCCUUCUCAAAGAGGCAGGCUAGCCAUAGUACAAGCUCUCUCUACCCAAAGAAAGAGGCAGCUCCCAGUGCUCAAGAGGCAUCUAACCAAAGCAUACAUGAAUUCCAAGUAGUGGAAGAAAACAUCUAUGACACCAUAGGGCUUCCAGAGCCACCGUCACUGGACUUCAAAUGUAGCACUCUUAAGCAGCCUAAAAAGAAUACCUUCCUGGGCUUGGAAGCUGAUUUUGCAUGCUGUGACAGCUUGAGGCCAUUUGUCUCCCGGGACAGCCUCCAGUUCAGUGAGGACGAUGUGUCUUACCCUCAGGGGCCCUCUGAUACUGACUAUUUGAGUUUGUUAUACGACACUCCCCGCUGUAACCCACCUAUUACCGAUAAGGCUCUGUCAGACAAACAGUCUGAAGACGUCGAUGAAAUCUGGAAUGACCUGGAAAAUUACAUCAAGAAAAAUGAAGACAAAGCGAGAGACCGUCUCCUCGCGGCAUUUCCUGUCAGCAAAGAUGAUGUGCCAGAGAGGCUAUGUGUCGAGAGCACCCGAGAGCUGAGCAGAGACGCAGGACAUGCCACAUCUAUGCUGUCCCUUCCUGGGAGUCAGGGUUUCCUCACUCCUGGAAAAAGCAGGCCUGCCAGGGCUAGCAGGGCCAACUGGUCCCGCGAAGAUGACUUGACCUCUACAGAAGGCUCCUUCAUGAGUCUUAACCAACUCUCUCUGGCCAGUGAGGUGCCUCCUGUGGACAGUCCCUAUGACUUAGCCAACUACAGCCUACCCCAAGCAGACCCAGAAAACCCUGACCUUGGGUUGGAGGCCACAGACAAGACCAAGAGUAGGGUCUUUAUGAUGGCAAGGCAGUACAGUCAAAAGAUUAAGAAGGCGAAUCAGCUUUUGAAAGUGAGAAGCCCAGAGUUGGAGCAGCCAGCAGCCAGUCAACAUAAGCCCAUUCCCAAAGACUUGGCGGCCAUCUUGGAAGAGAAGAGACAAGGAGGGCCUGCCAUUGGUGCCAGGAUUGCUGAAUAUUCCCAACUGUAUGACCAGAUCGUGUUCAGAGAGACACCCCUUAAAGUUCAGAGGGAUGUCUGGGCGAGGACCCGAGAACCCUCUCUCCACAGGCCAGCAUCACCUUCCCAGGCCCAGCAAGGUGGUGAGGACUGGCUUUGGCAUUCACCCUACAGUAACGGAGAAUUAGCGGAUUUCUGUCCCCAGCCAGAGCAAGACUCACAGGCAAAAUAUCCCACGUUAGAGAUCAUCGCCCAAAGCAUUCCCAGACAGUUGUCGGCGGCUUGUUCAGUGCCUUCUCUUCAAGUGUCAGACCCUCUGCUGGGCCCUGUGCAGCGGUGCAGUGUGGUGGUCAGCCAGCCCCACAGAGAGAAUUGUCAGGACCUUUACAACUCUCUGGGUCGCAAAGCCCAGCCCGCCAGCAGGCCCCAGCCAUCCUCCUCAAUCUUGAUAAACAAAUCUCUUGACUCCAUCAACUACCCAAGUGAGACAGAAAAAAAUUUACACAAAAGUCCCAGGGGUGCAAGCCAACAGGAUUUGCUGUCGGGCCUAGUGGACUCGCAUCAACAGGACACUGGAAAACGCUCUGACCUCACUCUCCAAGACUCACAGAAAGUUCUGGUGGUAAAUAGAAAUUUACCCUUAAGCGCCCAAGUAGCGACACAGAACUACUUUUCUAAUUUCAAAGAGACAGAAGGAGACGAGGAUGACUACGUGGAGAUAAAGUCAGAAGAGGAGGAAGUGGAUCUGGAUCUCUCUCUGAGUCGGGGCAGGAAGUCUGACCCAAAGACCCUGGACCCUGACUGUUCUGGUAACCUUUGUAGACACAGCACACCUUGCUCUUUGAAAGAGCCUGUGAGCGGCAGGCUUGGGUUUCCUCCUUACCUGACAGCCUGUAAGGACUCCGACAAAUUGAAUGAUUAUCUGUGGAGGGGGCCGUCACCCAGUCAGCAAAACAUUGUCCAGUCUCUGAGGGAGAAAUUUCAGUGUCUUAGCUCCAGCAGCUUUGCCUAGGGUUCUAGAAGUGUCUGAAUCGGCACCUCAGGCUUACAAGUUACCAAUGGGGAUGAGGUGUGUUUUUUUGUUUUGUUUGUUUUGUUUCUUUUUUAUGUAUUUAUCACUUUAAAGCAAUUUUGUAAUGCCUGGAGGUGUAAAACAUGCCCUCCUUUCUUUAAGGCCAGCUCUUUGAGCUGGCUGGCUAGGGCAUUGCCCCCAUAUCCUUACAGUAGAGCUCAUACGACUCUCAGAUUACCCCCUCCCACACCCCAAGGAGUUUUAUACUGUGACUCAGAGGUAGCACAAGUCUCUUCCACACCUUUUAAAAAGAGAAACUAGAGUUAUUUAAAGAAUUCCGUGUGGCAUUUCUGUAUAUUUAUGGCAAGACUCAAGAAUGAUAUAUGCCAGGGACCACAGAUGAGGAUAUAGUCUCAUCACGUAUUUUAAGGUUCCCACACUGGUGUUCCUAUCCCAUUUCAUUAGAUGUCAACACGACGUGACUAUUGAAAAACCUAAAAUGUAGCCCUAGGACCAACUGACUGUUAGAAAAAUAAAAAUCUUUAGCUGUAUUCCUAGACAAGGUCCAGCUGGUGUACCACUAAGUAUGGUUAAGUCUAUAAUUUAUGGGGUGAAAUAAACUAAUUCUUUAAUGGCUUAAAAAAAAUCCAAACUCAAAAGAAUGCAAGCCAACUUAAUUAUUAGAUAAGAUAGGGGAGAUUUCUGGAAACAGUCUGAUUAUGUCUUCAUGUUACGACUGAAGAGAGAAUUGCUUCCCCAAAAAAUAAAUCCAACAAUCCAAACAUCCCUCUAUACUACUAUAUAUGCCUGUCUCUUAUCAAUACAGAGUAAAUCCUCAGUUAAAAUAAGACAAAAUGCAUUCAAAUGGCCUAUCUAGAGCUGUUCUUCACAGGCAGUUUCUUGAGCUAUGGACUGAAUGCUCUGCUUGAAAAGUCUUUGCCACAGAUAUGGGCUAGAGUUUAGUUUCUAAAUAGUUCGUGACAUAGGGCCUCUUUCAGAGUUUUGGAACAUAGAGAACUGAGCCUCUGAUUGCUAGGUUCUGGCUAGUAACUUCCUUUACAUUGCAGUUGUAGUUUUAUACAGCAUUUCACUGUGAUAGCACACCUAUCCAACUCCCUGUAGAUAAGAAUGAAAGAUGCAGAGAAAUGAAGACACAGGCAUUGCUACUUCAAAAAGGCGUUUUAAUGAAGGCUCCACAAAUAUAGCUGGACUUUUACCUCAUAGUACCCUUUGUGUUCUCAUUUUACACAGUGGAACAUUCUGGAGCCUUUCCUCACCCUCUCACUUUCCAUUUUUAACUUAUGUCUUUGUUUGAAUUAAGCAAUCGGUUCCGUUGAAAAAGAUGAAAGCAGGAACUGUAGGGAAAGACGCCAGGCCCAUCAUUAAUGGUAAGCAGUAAUAAAGGAUCACUCCCAGCUUCCCAUAAUUCUUUCCCUCCUUUAACUCCUAUCCCCCUUUACCUUCAACUGUGCAACAUAAAAAUGUGACCAUCCUUAUGUUACAAAUAAGAUCCUAUGGUGGUGGUGUUGCUUUGCGUUUCUUGUCCUGUAGUUACCAAAACAAUUGGGAUUGAAGGUGAUACUUGGUGGUAGAGCCCUCGCCUCAUGCUCCCAGGCCCUGGGUCAUCUCCAGCACUGAGUUAAGUGGUUCUGAAAACAUUCCUUUUUCCAUUGCUUUUAUUUAGGCAUGACGUUAGUUUUCCAGAUAAAGCAACAGCAGAAAAGAUGAGAACUCUGUUCUUAGAGUUUGCUGGAAUUUGUGUAGAAAUGCAUUUGUAUCACUUGUUUUUGUUUGUGUCUUUGUUUUUUGUUUGUUUGUUUUUGUUUGUGUGUGUGUGUGUUUUAAAGUCACUUGAUCCUUGCUCAAGGGUGUAGCUUCCUGUUUUGUUUUUGCUUUUGUGUAGCCUAUAUGACUCACAUUCUAAUAUAGUCCAGGUUACUGUUCUGUCUGAGUCUCAGAUAUUAUUAAUUUUUCACACCAAUGUUUUGAUGCAUGGUUUGCUGUCAUCUACAAAGGUGGAUGUGAUAGUGUACAAAAUGUCUAUGUAUGCAGUCCUAUGGGUUCUAGGAUAAAUCUGUAGUUUUAAUGAUAACCUCCGUGGGCCAUGCUGCAGACUUUGAGAGCCGUGUGUGUGUGCGUGUGUGUGUAUGCGCACGUGCGUGUGCGUGUACACGUGUGUUCAUGUACAUCUGUGUGUCUGUCUGUGUGUACAUGCUCAGAUGCUCUCUCAAUGUUAUCAAUUCAGUGCUUUUGUUUAAAAUAGUUUUUUUGCAGGUGGGGUGGCAAUGUAUAUACUUGGGGGGGAAUUUAUGUAAUUAAAAGUUCUUACUGGAUUGCUGUACUGAAGGUUCCAAUUUUAUAUAUAUAUAUAUAAGUUCACUUUUCACCUACUUUUUUUCUUUGUGGGGAAAGCAAUGCAUCUUGGAAAACAUAGUUUAAAUACUGUAUAUAAGACAAUGAAAGUUAGUAAUGCCCAUUAUUUAAUAAAGUUUGUAAAGUGCAAAGUAA